CAACCACACAAUCUCCUCAUAAUUCGAGAGAAAUCAAGCAUCAAUCAAAAACUACCAAAAUGCAAUUCCACCAGCACCCCACCCUCGUCACAAUCCUCCUCUCCCUCUCUCUUCUCCAUCUUCGAAUCACAGACGCAUUAUAUUUCCGCCUCAACCCCCUCAUAGCAUCACUUACCACAAUCCCAACAUCGGAUCCUCCAACGUAUGGAGACGCAACGCGACCAUCGCCUGCAAGCCCAAGUGAACGCUACUACGACGUGACCUUCACCGUUUCUAACCCCGAUGCGGUCUGGGAACAGGGCGGCAGGGGAGAGGUCUAUUGUGAUGUUUAUUGGCAAGCCCCCUCCCCUCCACCAAGCUGCUGGCAACCCUGCUCCAGCUCUCCUCCCUCCUCCUCCUCAUCAAGCGAUCCAAAUUCCCUGACGGGAGCUUACUUCGCCCGCAUAUCUCCCGGAGGCUUCGUCAGUGUUGGGGAUUUCGCACUCGAUAUCUGGCAGGGCUACAUUUACGAGAUUGGGAAUCACAAUAACGCUACUGUUGUUCUGAAGGAAGAUGAUGGUGGUUGGGAGUGUGCGAGGUCAGUCGGGACGAAUGGGAUUGUGGUGGACAGAUGUGAGGUGGGAAAGGAUGGACCGGCGGUUGAGAAGGUGGUCGAGACUUGGCAUAAUGGGGCGGAUCCGGGGAAUGUUUGUGGAAGAGAAGAGGGUCUUGUGGGUCGUGGUAAAACUUGCAUUUACAAGAGGAGAGAGGAGUCGGGUUUGAAAUGUUGAUGUUGAGUGGUCAUUUGAACAACCAUGAGAGUGUUCACUACUUAGGCAGUCAUCGAUGGCGAUGACUGUUGUUUGUAUCGAUCAGAGAUGGCAGUGCCAUCUCUGGAUGGAAUCAAAGCAAGUCCCAAAG